AAUUAAUAGACUUAGACGACAUUUUAGGACUCACUAAAGCUCACGUCAGACAUAGCCCGUCAGGUUCUGAACUCCCGAAUAUGAUUCACGACUCGUUGCUGUUGCUUGUGCUCAUAGUCAAAAUGAGUUUACAAGUAGUAUAAAAUCAGGUUAAAAUCGGCAAAAUCGAUUCAAAUUAGUUCCACAGCUAUUCUGGUAUGAGUUCGAACCCUCGCUCACCUUCCUAUGGUCAUGACGGCCGACCAGGCCAGGGACGGAGUCAAUCCAAUAACAGUGACUUACCUAUUUCACGACGUAGUGCUAUUUUACAUGAAGAAAAUGUACUUUCAAGAAGGACGCUGGAUCCUCACAGGAAUCCUACUGUGGGUUUUGGAUCUCAUGAUUUCCAUAUCGACGGUACAAUUCGUCCCGGAGCAUUCAGUGUCGUCGCCGGAGCCCAAAUUAUUCGAACGUCUUCUUCCUCCGCAAGCCCAUAUGUCCAUUCACCCUUCCACUCUCAUCAAACCCCAUCACUGGCAGCUCACCAGACUCAUCUUACUCAUGGAGUAUCACAUCCAGCUCCCAGCGUCUUGUCUGGUUUUCGUCGUCGAGAUAGCAGAGAUUCACUUGCACACCCUCCUGGUGUAAUAUUCGGCGAAGGCUCCUUUAGUGCUGUCUCCGGACGCAGUGAGAUCACUACGAGGAAAGGCGACGUUCGCAUCGAGGGCUUGAGCGCAGCACACGUCCUCCGCGAUCAAUCCCAAAUACCGCCUGCCAAUAGUCGCACUGAUAGAGGCACCCCAUUCCACACUCCUGGGAGCCAUAGUGCUAUUGCUGGACACCAAUUCGGACCGGCACCCAAUGUUUUGAUGGGUGCUCGAGACUUUCGCUCCCAAGGUGGCGACUUCAGAUCGGGGUCAUUCAGUGCCGUUGCUGGUAAUCGAAUAGUGAUCUUGAAGGAGCAGCGUCCUUUCGCACAAGAUGACUACAUGGAUUACGGAGAACGCAGAAGAAACAAUCGCUCGUCACACUCACCAGAAAGCUAUGGCGCUAGACGCCGCUAGUAAUAUAUCAGUAUGAGGAAUGCAGGUUUCAUUCAUCAGAACAGACGCUGCUGCCAGUGGUAGUAUGA